AUGCAUCAAAGCACCCCACGCAGCGUGACUUCUGCCAUCGCUCUACUUCUUUUACUCUUCUCCCUCAUGAGAAGUACAACCGAAGCCUACUCUCUGAUCUUCUACAGCGAAGGCGACACCAACUGUCACUUCAACACAGAUCACAUUGGCUGCUACGAACACCCCGCCGGCACCUGCUGCCACAGCCACGCACCAUUCUGCGACAGACUUAUGCUUGGUCUGAACACCUCAUACCCGAGCCAAAAAUUCACGCAGUACUUCAUGCAUCAGUCUCAAUGCCGUCUAAGCGCUGGCGCAAGCUACUGCACGCAAGGCGGACCUGACGAGUCGGCCCAGUGCUGUAUCCCACUGCCUACUGCCAGAGCAGACAUCGACAACACAACAUGCUCGGGGUUCUGGCUGAAUGGUGUCACUGGCGCGUCGCCACCUGGUUGGAAGGCUGAGGCUGAGAAGGAAGCCGGAGACUGCAUGGAUCCAAACUACUUGUCCUACAACGACGGCCUCGAGGUCAGGAAGAUCUACCUCCCACACGGGACGCUGCAGCAAGCUCUGGACGCUUACAAGGACAAAAACUUCUCAGCCUUGGCAAUGUUCAAGACGUUGACGGAGGUCUAUGGAAAUGACACAGGCAUGGUGUCUGGGACGAAUUUGGCGUGA